AUGUGCUCCCGUGGAUCCUCCUGCCACAGCCACGAGACCUCCUGCCAUGGCUCCCGUUCCUCCUGCCACGACUCGGAGCCCUCCUGCCAUUACACCAUCCAGAGGGUCCCCGUGCCCAAGUACACCUACAUGAAGCCAUGCUGCCCCCCGGUGCAGACCUUCUGCCCCCCAGUGCAGCGUUACUGCCCUCCAGUGAAGCCCUGCUGCCCUCCAGUGCAGCGCUAUUGCCCCCCAGUGCAGCCCUGCUGCCCCCCGGUGAAGACCUGCUGCCCACCCAUCCCUUACUGCCCUCAGUACACCAAGAACAUCUGCAAGCUGCCUCCACCGUGCCCCAAGUUCUAA